AUGGAUCUGCCCAUGCCCGAACCGACCAUCCCGACCUUGCCGCUGCCUCACUACAAAGUUAUUUCGUUCGACGUCUACGGCAGCCUGAUCGAGUACAAGGCCCACAUUGUCCGAUCCUUCCAACCGCUGCUGUCGCGUCUGCCACCGUCGUCACCGUACCUGGAUCCGACGCCCCUGUCAGCGGACAUCCCGAACAGCAACACGGUCGGGGCGGUACGGUUCCUGCAACUCUUCCAGCGCCAGGAGGACCUGAUCAAGCUGGAGAAGCCGGUGCGACGGUUCGACGGGAUCCUUGCGGAGAUCUGGCGCCGGAUCGCGCGCGAAUUGCAGGUCGACACGACCGAGGCCGAGGCUCUCGCGUUUGGUAGCGAGGCGGUAAUUUCGUCGUGGCCGUGUUUUCCAGGCACCGUCAAGGCGCUCCGGCAACUGCAGAAGAAUUACCGGCUCGUGGCGCUGUCCAACAUCGACCGGUUCGCGUGGUACACGACUUCAUCUUCACCCUCGAGCGGCCUCGGCGACGUGAGCUGGUGGAAGGUCUUCACCGCCGAGGACUGUGCCAGUGACGCCGGGCGGCCAUUGGACGAGACGCGUCUGGAAACCCUGGUCGCCUACUGCGCCCGGUACGGCGUGCAGCGCAACGAGAUCCUCCACGUCGCGCAGAGCCUGGGUCACGACCACGCCCCGGCCAAACGGCUGGGUCUGAGCAGCGUGUACCUGGUCGGGGACGGGCCGCGAUGGGGUAAGGAAGCGGAAAGCAGGAUGGUCCUGGACAAGGGCUUGGUCGGGUAUGGUUGGCGGUGUCAGAAUUUGCAGGAAUUUGCCGAGCUGGUUCAUCGGGCGUGGGACAAUGUGACGCCGAUUGAGUAA